AUGGGCAACUACAAGUCCAGACCCACCCAGACCUGCACCGAUGAGUGGAAGAAAAAAGUCAGCGAGUCCUACGUGCUCAUCACGGAGAGGCUGGAGGCUGACCUGCGGAUCCAGGAGAAGGAGAGCGCAGAGAUGCGGCACGUGUUCAGCUCCGAUGAGGCCUUCGGCAAAGUCAAUUUAAACUUCCGCACCGAAAACGGGCUGUCCUUACUGCACCUGUGCUGCCUUUGCGGGGGCACCAAGGCCCACGUCCGGAGCCUCAUGUUAAAAGGGCUGCGCCCGUCUCGGCUGACGAGAAAUGGAUUUACAGCUCUGCACUUAGCAGUUUACAUGGAUAGAACGGACCUGGUGACCGGCCUCCUGCACAGCGGGGCUGACGUCCAGCAGGCUGGGUACGGGGCUCUGACGGCCCUGCACGUCGCCACCCUCGCCGGGCACCUGGAGGCGGCCCACGUCCUGCUGCAGCACGGGGCUUACGUCAACGUCCAGGACGCGGUCUUCUUCACCCCUCUCCACAUUGCGGCGUACUACGGACACGAACAAGUGUCGCGUCUCCUGCUGAAGUUCGGCGCCGACGUGAACAUCAGUGGCGAAGUUGGAGAUCGGCCCCUGCACUUGGCAUCUGCCAAAGGAUUCCUUCAUAUUGCGAGACUCUUGAUGGAAGAAGGCAGCAAAGCAGAUGUGAAUGCCCAAGAUAACGAAGACCACGUACCUCUCCAUUUCUGCUCCCGAUUUGGCCACCACGAGAUCGUCAAGUUUCUGCUCCAGAGUGACUUUGAAGUUCAGCCGCACAUAGCGAAUAUCUACGGAGACACCCCUUUGCACUUGGCUUGCUACCAUGGGAAAUUCGAAGUUGCCAAGGAAAUCAUCCAAGUGUCAGGAACAGAAAGUCUGGCAAAGGAAAACAUCUUUAGUGAGACAGCCUUUCACAGCGCUUGUACCUACGGCAAGAGUAUUGAGCUCGUUAAAUUUCUUCUCGACCAAAACGUCCUGAGCAUCAAUCAUCAAGGACGAGACGGACACACGGGGUUGCACUCGGCUUGCUACCACGGGCACAUCCGCCUGGUGCAGUUCUUACUGGAUAACGGCGCCGACAUGAAUCUGGUGGCCUGUGAUCCGAGCAGGUCCAGCGGCGAGAAGGACGAGCAGACGUGUCUGAUGUGGGCCUAUGAGAAAGGGCACGAUGCCAUCGUCACGCUCCUGAAGCAUUAUAAGAGACCUCAGGAUGAAUUGCCCUGCAAUGAGUAUUCUCAGCCAGGAGGAGAUGGCUCCUAUGUUUCUGUUCCAUCUCCCUUGGGAAAGAUUAAAAGCAUGACUAAAGAAAAGGCGGAUGUCCUCCUCCUGCGGGCAGGGCUGCCGUCCCAUUUCCAUCUUCAGCUCUCAGAAAUCGAAUUCCAUGAAAUUAUCGGCUCAGGCUCUUUCGGGAAAGUGUACAAAGGGCGAUGCAGGAACAAGAUAGUGGCGAUCAAACGCUAUCGGGCUCACACGUACUGCUCCAAGUCUGACGUGGAUAUGUUCUGCCGGGAGGUGUCCAUCCUGUGCCGCCUGCACCACCCCUGCGUGAUCCAGUUUGUUGGCGCCUGCUUGAACGAUCCCAGCCAGUUCGCCAUCGUCACCCAGUACGUCUCCGGCGGCUCUCUCUUCGCCCUCCUCCACGAGCAGAAGAGGAUUCUGGACUUACAGUCAAAAUUAAUCAUCGCCGUAGACGUGGCCAAAGGCAUGGAAUAUCUGCACAACCUGACCCAACCCAUCAUCCACCGGGACUUAAACAGGUAG